UUCAGGUAGCAGAGCGAGCUUUGUUUCUUUGGAAUAACGAUCAUGUCAGAAACUUGAUCACCCCAAACCGGAAGGUUAUUCUACCAAUUAUAUUCCCAGCUCUGGAGAGGAACACCAGGGAGCACUGGAACCAGGCUGUCCAGAGCCUGACACUGAAUGUGAGGAAGCUCUUUUUAGAUGCUGACCAAGAGCUUUUUGAGGAAUGUCUAAUAAGAUUCCAAGAAGAUGAAGCAAAGGAAAAGGAGUUGCAACAGAAGAGAGAAUUAACCUGGAAGCGCUUGGAAGAUGUUGCAGCAUCCAAAGCUGUCAGUAAUGAACCCGUGCUUGUUUCUCGAAUCGUCUCUUCCCUUAGCAUGGCUUCUUCAAGCCCACGGGCUGCAAUUGGGACUUGAUGAUGCUUGUUUUACUCGUACGGCUCAGUACAGGGCAGUGCUGCCCCUUGGUAGGCAGAUUCUGCUGGUUUCCUAUAUUGGCAGACAAUCAUGAUAUGAAGAAAAUGGCAUUUUGAGGCUUCUUGGGUUGGAGUCAUUUUGUUUAUUACCAUCUUUUUAGGCCAUGAAAAAUGUAAAGUCAUUGUUUGGGUUCUCUACAAUUUUAAUGCAAGAUGGGCUUCUUCGUUCCUCCCUGGAUUGGGGGAUGGCAGCUUAUUUGUUUCUGACUUUUUUUUUGGAUCUCCUAGAUGAAUAUGCUGUUUUCAUCCUCUUGUACGUAUGGAAAAUGAUGUCAAAAUUCUUUGAAUAAGGAGGUAGAAGUGGAUAUUUCUUAACGUUUA